UGUACCAUUUUGGGUACAUUCGUAAGACAUGCUGCAAUCGUGCCUUGCUAGAGCUCAACUAUUAACACUCACGAGUUGCGCCAGCCCUGGUCGAUAGACUAGAAACGCCAGAAUCUGAACUAAAUAACAUAAGUGAAGCAACACAGCAAUAUGAGUUUCACACGACCUUUUAAACGUUUAUUGCACGUGUCCACGCUUUGCAGCGCUAGAAAACGUACACAUCCAUCGGCAGAUCGCAAUUCCCAGCCGAUAUCAGAGGCCCUGAUCCUGCAGGUGGAUAAGAAAACACCCAACUUGCGGCUGCUUGAGAUUGCCUCUGGUUCGGGUCAGCACGCUGGAUUUUUGGCGCCUUUGCUACCGAAUAUAAGUUUUCAAACAACGGAAUAUUCACGCCACGAUUUCGACUCAAUUAACGCUUAUGCCGCGGACUGCGUCACGGGUAACAUUUGCCCGCCGCUCUUUGUUGACAUUUCGCAGGAGCUGCAUCUAUGGGAAGCGGAUACAGUGAAGCAGGUGAAGCCUGCCAGCUACGAUUACAUGCUGAACUGCAACAUGAUGCACAUUAGUCCAUGGGCCUGCUCCGAGGGGCUGUUUCGUGCUGCCGGCCAGCUGCUAAAGACUGGCGGCAAACUGUUCACCUAUGGACCCUACGCCCAGGAUGGCCAGUUGACGCCCCAAAGCAAUGUUGACUUUGAUGCGGACUUAAGGCGUCGCAACGCAUCGUGGGGCAUCAGGGAUAUCAGGGAUCUGAAGCAGUUGGCGGCUGUUAAUGGUUUGCAGUUGGAUCGAGUGACCGAUAUGCCGUCCAACAAUAAAUUCCUGACUUGGCUUAAACUGUAAGCAAAUGCAAACUAUUAACUAUGCAACAAAUCAAAUCUUGUACAGAACAGAAGUACCAGAUUCCUGUUCUAGUCCAUCUAACUCGAAUGCUUCCAAGCUGUAUCGUUUAGAUUUUGGAUUGAUUCGGCACGCCGAAGGUCAAAUAUUGCAGUCCCAUAGCUUAGCACUGAUUUUAUACAGAACUUUUAUGUCCCACUGAGAUCCUAUAUCAAGCAUAUAAUAUAUUAGUGAUAUAGCUGGUAUAGAGUAAUACUGAAGCUCGUAUUUGCUGAAGUGAAGAUACAAGUUGUUAAAAGACAAAAAGGACAAUCCAAUUAACGACCGAUCGCUCCUUCUGCGUCCCAAAGACAUUCUUUUUUGAACACAUCGGACAUUAUGAAAGCUAGGGAGACCAAUGCUUGCAGCUUUUCGUGAAACAUAUUUUUCUUCCGUACUUCCACGUGCAUUAAAAAUUUGGUGUAAUCUCAGAAAAAGAAAAUAGCAGGAGCUAUGUAAGAAGCAGGUAUAUUUACUCUGCUCAUUAAAUACGAUAAUCUAUUACUGGCUUCUAAAGUUAACGAAAGCAGACGAACAGGCGGCUGAACAUGGACAUAUAUAUAAAAAAACCAUUUAAUCCAUUCGUAAUGACUGAAGUGCAUUAGAAACAUACUUUGAAUAGUGGCUUCUCUUCUCGUUACCAAAUGCAAUGAUACUCACAUUUUUGCAUCCGCAAAUCAGAUAUUAAUUAAGUUCAAGUUCCACAAAGUCAUUAAGGGCAACUACUAAGGAUCUAUUUAGCCAAGCACGAUUGCCAUAAUCUCUAUUGGAGCUGGAAGCUUUUGGAUAAAUGGUGCCAACCGUCAUCCCUGUGAUAAAACCGCCAGGCAAAGGGCUUUGUAAACUUAAAAGGAUUUUUGAUGUCAACGCGUUCUGAUAUAAUAAUAUUCAAGUUUCAAUACAUAUAAUUCAAAAGAUGACUUUAAAAAGGAAAUGGGGUCACAAAGUAUAUGUAUGUGUAUAUUUUUCUAAAAAUAAGUCUCAAUUUUAAAUCUUCAAGAAACCCAACUCAGGUCCGUUUUCUGUGACUAACAGUUUUUUGUCUGAUUCGAAUCACUAAAUCUUAUAGCUCCUAUUGGAACUAUUGGCUUAAAAUCAAAAAGUCAACAAAAUAACAAAAAGUUAUCUAGAUUUCAAUUUGGGCAAAUAUAUUUAAAAUUGAAUACAUGGGCUCUUGCUGAUUUUGAGACGUGAAGCUUUCCAUCCGCUUUGUUUUUUAAGGACACUUUUCCAACCUUUAAGUGCUGAUGAUAGUUAAAUAUAUAAAGAACACCCUGAAUUGUUCGCUUAAAAAAAUAUUAGUUAAAUAAUUGGCUCUUAGAUAACAUUGUCGAUGACGACGACAUCGUCUGUGGGUAAUAAAUUUUACGAGUAUCGGCGACGGAUUAACUAGGCCAAGUGGAUACCUUCGCUAUAUACACACGCGUGUGAUUGACCCUGACAAACAAACGAUUGAUAACCCAUUGGCUUCGUAUAUAAGCUCGGCGCCGGUUGAGUUAGCGU